AUGGGUUUCACACUCCAUGCCAGCGGGACCGAUGAUCCUCCAAAUGUUCGCAACUGGAGGAUCCAUAUGAUCGCUCUGUUUGUUAGCAUGGGCAGUUUGGCUAUGGGCUACGACACCUCAGUAAUCGGCGGCACAAUGGCCCUGCCCUCCUUCCGCCGCGACUUUGGCCUUGAAAACCGCACCCAGUUCGAACGCGACACCCUCCAAGGCAACAUCGUCAGCACCUUCCAAGCCGGAACCUUCUUCGGCGCCCUCCUCACUUUCCCCAUCGGCGAACGCAUCGGCCGCAAAAAAGCCAUCAUGAUCGCCUCUGCCAUCUUCCUUCUCGGAGGCUCCCUCAUGACCGCCGCUCAAGGCCACCUCGGACUCAUCUACGCCGGGCGCGGCAUCGCUGGCUUCGGUAUCGGAUCUGUAUCCCUCAUGGUUCCCGUCUAUAUCGCCGAAACCAGUCCUCCCUCCAUCCGUGGUCGACUCGUCGGUAUCUUCGAGAUCCUCUCCCAAGCGGGUGGCAUGCUGGGUUUCUGGAUAAACUACGCCGUCAACCAAACCAUCUCUCCCGGCGGCAUGACCCAAUGGAUCGUUCCUCUCGGUCUGCAACUCGUCCCAGGUGUUCUCCUCAUGAUCGGCACGUUCUUCUGCCCCGAGUCGCCACGCUUCUACAUCAAGAACGACAAGUUUGACGAAGCAAGCAAGACUCUCUCCUGGUUGCGUCAACUCCCGGAGAACGAUCCAUACAUCCUCCGCGAAAUGGAGGAGAUCCGCGCGCAAACUGCCAUCUCGAGACCACCGCCUGGUACCAAGAACACCAACAUGUACUUCUUCAAACGUCUCUUCCAGAAGGGUACUCGCAAUCGUAUUGGACUCGGUCUCCUGCUCAUGGCCUUCCAGAACUUGACGGGUGUGAACGUCAUUACAUACUACUCUCCUCGCAUAUUCGAAACUCUCGGCAUCCGCGGCACCGACACCAAACUCUUCGCAACAGGUUUCUACGGCGUCGCCAAAACUCUCGGCAUGAUCAUCUUCUCCGUCUGGCUGGUCGAACGACUCGGCCGUCGUCCCGGUCUCAUUUGGGGUGCUUUCGUCGGCUCCUUACCCAUGUGGUACAUUGGUGGUUACGUGAUGAAGAACGAUCCCGCUCGAGCCGCUGCCGCGGGCGAGGUCUCGAGAAGUGGAGCGGGAUACUUCGCUAUGGUUUGCGUGUACCUUUACGGCAUGAUUUACUGUGCGACGUGGCAAGGCAUCACAUGGGUCUACUGCUCCGAGAUCUUCCCCAUCGACAUCCGCAUGCUGUGUGUGGCCAUCACGACGGCUGAUCAGUGGCUUUGGUCGUUCAUCGUCUCCCGAACAACACCCUACAUGAUCACAUCCCUAGGCUAUGGCACAUACUUCUUUUUCGCCUCCCUCAUGGUCGCCAUGGGUUUCUGGGCCUACUUCUUCGUCCCCGAAACAAAAGGCAAAACCCUCGAAGAAAUGGAACCCAUCUUCGGCGCCGCCAGCGCUCUGGAUGCGAAAUCCUUCGACGAUCCCGAAGACGGCAGUGGCUCCCCGACUCGCGAAGUCAGAGAAGAUAAGCUCGGGUUUGUAGUGGAGCAUAGGGAGAGGAGUCGGACGCCGGAGCCGAGGCCUUUGGCAAGGAUUAUGAGUGCCUAGAUGCGUAGAGGAAGAGGAGUGGAAAUUUUGGGUGGCAGGGUAUUAUUUGGGCGGGCGGGUAUGACUUGAUGAUUUGCAUGUUUCUACAGCGCAGUUUGGUACUUAUGGGACGGAAUGGGCGGCCGAAAUUUCGGGUUUUGGUAGGGGAUGUAUAUACGUUGUUGCACUG